GCUACAUGGCGGACUACGGCAACCAGCAAGGCCGAGAUUAUGCGCGAGGUCCCAACUAUGGCCAGCCCUCAGGACCAAGAGACGCCGCAUUUGCGAACAUCUUCGGAGCCAGCCCGGCUAUGGCAGGCCGCUCGCAGACGAUGACCUCGCAAAGCCCUAUGCGACAGCCCGAUCGUGCUGCGACCAUGUCUUCACAGACUGCCGAUAUGAUGCAGCGAGCCCCGCCAAUUCGGCAGCCCGCCAACGGCUACGAACGCCGCCAACAAGCACCGCAGGAUCCGCGGUUCAUGGGCAAUUAUGAUCAACAGCAACAGCAGUACUCUCAGGGUUAUGGACAGCAACAGGAUAAUUACAAUCGGGGCUCCCCGAAUGGUUAUGCCCAGGAUCCACGCAUGCCGAACGGCCAGGCGCAUCGUCAGCCCCAACCCCAAUACCUUCCACGUCCUCUCCGUCCAGAACGUCAGCCAUACGGGCAACCUCAGCGCUUUGACACGCGGCCUCCGCCUCAGGGUCAGCCGCCGUUCAAUAAGCCUAUCCCUCAGCGAUUUCCCGGAGGGCCGGGUCCAGCAAUGAAUUCGGAUCCCUAUCGAUCACAGUCAAUGGCUGUAGGCUCUCGGCCUCAAUUUAAUGGUCCAGCACCUAAUUACACAUCGCCCGCGAAUACAAUUCGUCAGCAGCCAUACAUAAAUCAUAUGGCCAGGACGACUGCCCAGGGUCGUGUAGUCCCUGAGCGUCCAGACGAACGCACAAUGUCCAUGACAUCAUAUACACGCGAUAGCGAGUAUGGACAGACAAUGAGUGGGAGAGUUAUACCAAGCCGAAGAAGAGAAUCUGGAGACACGGACGUGUCAUCAUUUGAUCAGAAUGCGCCCCCCAUUUCUCCACCUCCUAGCAGCGUUGGCCCAGGAAGCAAGACCAGGAACACAAGCCAAGGUAGCAUUCCACAGUCACGUACCAUGUCAAUGGCCUCGACUAUCAUCGCCCCGUCUGAGAGAACGGAAACAAUGAGCUCAACAGUUUCUCGACCAACAUCUACCCAGACCGUUGCGAGCAACAAUAGAGCUUCUGGACAGUCUCAACAAGGCCACGCUUUAGUUGCACAGCGCAGGUCUCCUCUGGUUUAUCCUGCUCUCCUAUCUCGUGUAGCUGAAGUUUUCAAGGAUAGAAUCGGGCUUGCAGAGAAGGAGAAGGAUGGGCUGGUCUACAAAAGCGCUUUCACUGGAGCAGAAUCGGUUGAUCUGAUUGCAUACAUCAUCAAGACGACAGAUCGCAAUCUGGCACUGCUGUUAGGUCGGUCUCUCGAUGCCCAGAAGUUUUUCCACGAUGUUACCUACGCACAUAGGCUCCGUGACACCAGCAGCGAAAUUUACCAAUUCCGCGAAACAUUGAUGGAAGAAGCUGAGGACGUCAACGGAGUUUUUACGCUGUUGACAGAAUGUUACUCGCCUACCUGUACACGCGAUCGACUAUGCUACUCCAUAGCCUGCCCAAGGCGACUGGAGCAACAAGCCCGCUUGAACAUGAAACCACAACUUGGUCUCAAACGUGCCGAAUCUCACACGAGUUUGCACGAGGACAACGACGAGGAGCAGAAGCUGUGGAUCAAUACAGUAACGAAAGACGUUGCUGAUAGCGUGUCGGACACUGAAAAGAAGCGCCAAGAGGUCAUAUCCGAACUUAUGUACACCGAGCGCGAUUUCGUUAAAGAUCUUGAAUACCUGAGAGAUUUCUGGAUGAAGCCUCUCCGGAACCCGGCAACCUCGCCUAUCCCCGAACAUCGCCGUGAGAAGUUCGUUCGGACUGUGUUCUCCAAUUGUCAAGAGGUCUACAAGAUCAACUCGAGGCUGGCCGACCAUUUGACUCGACGCCAGCAGCAAAGUCCAGUUGUCUAUGCUAUUGGGGACGUAUUCAACGAAUAUGUACCUCACUUCAAACCCUUCAUCCAGUAUGGUGCGAAUCAGCUCUUCGGUAAGUAUGAAUUCGAGCAUGAAAAGCGCACCAACGCCCAAUUCGCCAAGUUCGUGGAUGAGGUAGAAAGGAUGAAGGAGUCGAGAAAACUGGAGCUUAAUGGCUACUUGACCAAGCCUACUACUAGAUUGGCCAGGUAUCCACUCUUGCUUGAGAAUAUUGCGAAAUAUACCGCGGACGACAACCCUGAUAAGAAGGAUAUCCCAAAAGCUAUCAAGAUGAUCAAAGAAACGUUAUCCAAGGUGAACGUAGAAUCUGGAAAAGCCGAAAAUCAUUUCAACCUGAUGCAAUUGAACCGCGAUCUCAAAUUCCGCCCAGGCGAGUUUGUAGAUUUGAAGUUGACAGAUGAAAACCGACAAUUAGUCUUCAAAGGCACAUUGAAGAAGACUCCUACAGAAACAGUCGGAGAUAUCACCUGCUAUCUCUUCGACCACGCUGUUCUUCUUGUUCGCGUUAAGACCGUCAACAAGCGCGAGGAACAAAAAGUAUACAAGAAGCCGAUCCCGCUAGAAUUAUUGGUGAUUGGACAGAUGGAUGAAAUCAACCCGAAACUUGGCAUCGCAAAACGUCCUUCUGCAAACCUGAUGGGUGCCAAAGCGAUAGCAACUGGAACGCCUAAGGGAGAUGCAGCAAAACAACAGACAUAUCCACUUACGUUCAAACACCUCGGAAAGGGAGGUUAUGAAUUAACAUUGUUUGCAAGUACUCAGAUAUCGCAGCAAAAAUGGAUGGAGCACAUCGACUCGCAGCAGCGAUCAUUGAAGGAGAGAAGCAACAUCUUCACUCAGAGUAUCCUGAACGAAGGUUUCUUCUCUGCGGCAAUGAGGGUCACUUGCGCUGUUCCCCUUGACGGGGGUCGUAAACUCGCCUACGGAACGGAUGCUGGCGUUUAUGUUGGUGACCGCAAACCCAAGGAUGCAUCUCACAAACCCCGCAAAGUGUUGGAUUGUAAAGCAGUCACCCAAAUUGAUGUGCUCGAGCAACACUCAAUUGUACUUGUACUCGCCGACAAGACUUUGUACUCAUAUGCUAUGGAAGCUUUGGACCCUGAUGAAUCCCAAACGAUCGCUAAACGCCCCAGAAAGAUAUGUCAUGCAAACUUCUUCAAGUCUGGUAUAUGUCUUGGACAACAUCUCGUGGCCACUGUCAAGACGUCCGCCCUGUCUACGACUAUCAAGGUCUAUGAGCCUAAGGAGAACAUGGCCAAUAAGUCGAGAAAAUCCGGAUUUGCGAAGAUGCUCUCCACCAAUCAGGACCAGCUUAAGCCUUACAAGGAGUUUUACAUACCUACCGAGUCUUCCUCGAUCCAUUUCCUCCGUUCAAAGCUUUGUGUUGGUUGUGCUCGUGGUUUUGAAGUUGUCAGUCUCGAAACUCUUGAGACACAAUCGUUGCUUGACCAGGCCGACACAUCGCUUGACUUUGUGGUACGCAAGGAAAACAUCAGACCGAUUCAUAUAGAGCGCCUGGCUAGUGAAUUCCUUCUUUGCUACACCGAUUACUCAUUUUUCGUCAACCGGAACGGUUGGAGGGCAAGACAAGACUGGAGAAUCACAUGGGAAGGCACACCGCAAGCCUUUGCUAUUUUCCAUCCAUACAUUCUUGCCUUUGAGCCAAGUUUCAUUGAGAUCCGGCACAUGGAGAGCGGUGGGCUUGUUCAUAUUGUCACGGCAAAGAACAUUCGAUGGUUACACACAUCGACCCGAGAAAUUUUGUAUGCAUUCGAAGAUGAAAUGGGCACCGACGUCAUCGCCAGUCUGGACUUUUGGCAGACCACCCAAGGUCCCAAGCAAUCCAUGGAUGGCACUAGACAUCCUGAGAAGAUCUGA